UAAAUGGAGGCUGUUUGAAAUGUCGCCUGGAAACUCUCCUGAAUAAAGUCAGCAAAACACGACUUCAUUUCAUGUUUAUCCAGCUAGUUACCAGGAACCGGCGCCAUGGACUGUAGUAUCGAUGGUGUUCAGGAAGUGGAGAAUGACACAUCUUCAUCUCCAGGAGGGACACGGUCUCCAGUAAUGGACCGUAACCCAUCACCACCACCAGACGCAGCCGAUGGAGAGGAGGAUGAAGAUUUGGACGCCAUUGGAGACACUGUUUACAGCAAGCAUUGGCUUUUCAGCACUCUGACCCGCCUCAUCCAGAUGGUCACAGAGCAUUCAGAUCAGGACUCUGAAGGUCAGAUGCAGCUCACUGAUGAUGAUGAGGAAGAUCUGUGUAGAGUUUGGGACAUGGCAAUGGAUAAGGAUGUGGCUGGUUUUCUGCAGGAAUUCAAAGCCACAGAUAUCCUCCUCGGAGUUAUAGCCAAAUCUCGUUGUCCACGUCUUACAGAAAUUUGUGUGGGAAUUCUUGGGAACAUUGCUUGUUUUCUGGACACUUGUGUGACCCUCAGUCAAAAUGAAGACUUGGGGGCUGUGCUGUUGCUUCUUUUUGGAGAUACGGAUCCUCCCACUCUUCUGGAAACAAGCAGAUUAGUGUUGACGUGCGUCUCUCAGAAAGACGUGGGAUCCAUGUGGCUUCAACGAAUACAGCAGCAUGCAUCCGUGCGCUCCAACCUCCUUUUCAUCAUGUGCAGCUCGACCAACACGGACCUGCUUGAGAAAGUUGGAGAACUGGUUGACAAACUGUUUGACCUUGACGAGGAACUGAUGAAGAGCUGGGUCACAGUUCAGCCAAGUGAGGAGGGUGAUGAAGGUGAAAGCCGCCUGGACGUGGCCUCAUGCCUCCUUGAAGCAGCCAAGCAGCUUAGAUCAGAGAGUCCGAAUGGAUUAGAGGUUUACCUUCAUGCCAUCCAACUCCUCACCACCAUAGAUGAGGGCAUUCAGACUUUUGCUGCCCCUGAUGGACCUGGCAAAGCAGUGUGGGACUUUGUCUGUGAGGUUGUGUGUGAGGACCUCUGCCAGCCAAGUGAUCUUCCAGUUGUUCUGCAAGAGCAGAAGGGUACUUUGGUCCAAGCCUUUGCUGUGCUGCUGGCUCUGUACAGAUGCCAGGAUCAAUGGAGCAGCAAAAGUGACACAAGUCUGCCUCUUAUUGGGAGCAUUUUACGGGUGCUUCAGUACCACAGUGAGUGCACAGAUGACUCUACCAGCAAAAACGACACACAGGAUGAGCAGCUCCAGACUCUUGCAGAAAUCACAGCUGAAUUUCUAGCUGACAUCUGCAGUCAGAUUCCUAAGGACACAGUGGCAGAUUUGGGGAAGAAAGGUCACCUGACGGAGAAGACUUGUCUCACAGCUGUGGGCAGAUUACUUCCCAACUUUAAGGCUUCAUUUCAGCACCUGCAGUCCAUGUUGUCAGAGACUGAUCCCCAGUUGGCAGACACGGUGAGAAAAAGGUUUCCUGUCUGAGGUGUGCAGCAGAUCAGCGAUCAGCGCUCAUCCGGACUAUCAUGACUGCUCUUUAUAGAAGCAAACCCCCGCCCCUCCCAAAGAACCUGCUUUAAGUCAGACUAUUUGGAUUUCCACUGGAAAGAUGUCACACCAUCAUGAGUGGCGGACAAUGUGUUGAAUUUUCUUCUCUUAUGUGAAUCUAUUAUAAGUGUCUGAUUGUUCUGUGAAUGCUAUUUUUGUAUUAAGUGAUUUGAUUUUUUUUUAAUUAAAAAGGAUCUCUCUCC